GAGGCCGGGGGCGGGUUAGGCCUGGGGGAGGACGGGUCCCAGGACCCGGGUGAGGGUUCCACACCUGGCCUGCAGUGGGGGUCAAGACGCAGGCACCUACGUCAAAAGGGAGCAAAGCCGGGCUCGGCCCGAGGCCCCCAGGACCUGUAUCUCCCAAUGCCAGAGGAAUCCGCCACGUGACGGUCGGACCACUGUCUCUGACUGGAAGAGCCCCGAAAGCGCCAUGGCUCCCGAGAAACCUCUCUGCCUUCCCUCCCUGCUGCUCCCACUCCUGACGCUGCUGCUGCCCCAGGCAGACACUCGGUCGUUCGUAGUGGAUCGGGACCAUAACAGAUUCCUCCUGGACGGGGCCCCGUUCCGCUACGUAUCUGGCAGCCUGCACUACUUUCGGGUACCGCGGGUACUUUGGGCAGACCGGCUUUUCAAGAUGCGAAUGAGUGGCCUCAACGUAGUACAGUUUUAUGUGCCCUGGAACUACCAUGAGCCAGAGCCUGGGGUCUAUAACUUUAAUGGCAGCCGUGACCUCUUUGCAUUUCUGAAAGAGGCAACUUUAGCCAACCUGUUGGUCAUACUGAGACCAGGACCUUACAUCUGUGCAGAGUGGGAGAUGGGGGGUCUCCCAGCCUGGUUGCUUCGAAAACCUAAAAUUCAUCUGAGAACCUCAGAUCCAGACUUCCUUGCCGCAGUGGACUCCUGGUUCAAGGUCUUGCUGCCCAGGAUAUAUCCAUGGCUCUACCACAAUGGGGGCAACAUCAUUAGCAUUCAGGUGGAGAAUGAAUAUGGUAGCUACAGAGCCUGCGACGUGAGCUACAUGAGGCACCUAGCUGGGCUCUUCCGAGCGCUGCUGGGAGACAAGAUCUUGCUCUUCACCACAGAUGGGCCUGAAGGACUCAAAUGUGGCUCCCUCCAGGGACUCUAUACCACUGUAGAUUUUGGCCCAGCUGACAACAUGACCAAGAUCUUUGGCCUGCUUCGGAAGUAUGAACCCCGUGGGCCCCUGGUGAACUCUGAGUACUACACAGGCUGGCUGGAUUACUGGGGCCAGAAUCACUCCACACGCUCUGUUCCAGCUGUAACCAAAGGACUAGAGAAAAUGCUCAAGUUGGGAGCCAGUGUGAACAUGUACAUGUUCCAUGGAGGUACCAACUUUGGAUACUGGAAUGGUGCUGAUGAGAAGGGACGCUUUCUUCCAAUUACUACCAGCUAUGACUACGACGCACCCAUAUCCGAAGCAGGGGACCCCACACCCAAGCUUUUUGCUAUUCGAAAUGUCAUCAGCAAGGUUAAGAACCCUGCACUAAGGUGUUGGAAUAGGGUUUCUUUGUGUGCUUUUCCUAUGGCUCCUGAGAGAAUUUGGGCUCAGUUCCAGGAAGUUCCCUUGGGACCUUUACCUCCCCCCAGCCCCAAGAUGAAGCUUGGACCUUUGACCCUACACCUGGAUGGGAAUUUGCUGGAUUUCUUAGACUUGCUAUGCCCCCAAGGGCCCAUUCAUUCAAUCUUGCCAAUGACCUUUGAGGCUGUCAACCAGGUCCAUGGCUAUAUGUUGUAUCGGACCUAUCUGACCUAUACUGUUUCUGAGCCAACACAACUCUGGGUGCCAAACAAUGGAGUCCAUGACCGUGCAUACGUGAUGGUGGAUGGGGUGUUUCAGGGUGUUUUGGAACGAAACAUGAAGCAUAACGUAUUUUUGACGGGGAAAGUAGGGGACAAACUGGAUGUCCUGCUGGAGAACAUGGGGAGGCUCAGUUUUGGGUCUAACAGCAGUGACUUCAAGGGCCUGUUACAGCCACCAAUUCUGGGGCAGACAAUCCUUACCCAGUGGAUGAUGUUCCCCCUGAAAGUUGAUAAUCUUGUCAAAUGGUGGUUUCCCAUCCAGCCACUGAAAAGCUCACAUCCUCAGGCCCCCUCUGGCCCCACCUUCUACUCUACCACCUUCCCAAUUUCAAACUCAGGCGGGGACACAUUUCUGUUUCUACCUGGAUGGACGAAGGGCCAAGUCUGGAUCAAUGGGUUUAACUUGGGCCGCUACUGGACAAAGCGGGGGCCGCAGCAGACCCUCUACGUGCCAAGACCCCUGCUGUUUCCCAGGGGAACCCACAACAGAAUCACGUUGCUGGAGCUAGAAAACGUGCCUCCUCAGCCCCAAAUCCAGUUCCUGGACAGGCCCAUCCUCAAUAGCACGAAACACAGGACCUACAUCUAUUUCCUCUCAGGUGCCUCUGAGCCAAUGGAGUUAAGUGGGCACUGAAGGAAAGGUAAUCCGUGGACCUGGGACGAGCGCAGUGAGCAGGAUCCCUUCAUGCUAGCCACGCUGACCGUAAGGAAACAAAGGCCACAGGCCUGAAUGGAAGUACGAGAGCAGUUUCCUUGCCAAACUUUAUUGUGAUUAAAGUUCCAGAGACAGUACCAGCUCCACA